AUGAGAGGAGCGCUUCUCGGGUUCUGGGGACUAGCCCACUUCAAUUUCGAGACUAUUAGAUGGCACGAAAUGGACUAUGAUUGGCCAUCUUCCCGUGGCCUGCCUGCCCCGACGAAUUCGAGGGCGGGCCGGGCCAAGUUCACAAAAGCGUUAGUGGCAGAAAUCGGCCAUCGGAAGUUCGAGAGGAAUUGCUCGAUCGGGUUAUUAGGCUGGAUCCUGCAUGCUUACCUGACGGUAACAAUGAAAUCAGACCGAUUUCCGGUCCAGGAUGGCAUAGACCGCAAAGUACUUCCAGGACGAGGAGGGGGGGUUGAGUUGACACCCUGGACUUUCCCACGGACUUUUGCACUACUCGAACUUCACCUCUCCGUCCCAACUUAUGGAUUUGGCAAAAGUCCAGAGUUGCGCAUGGGUCGUCCGUCGUAUUCGGACCUAAAAUCUCCCACUCUCCAGACCCCAGGCUCCGGACGUGAGAAUAUGGCUCAUGUUCCACAAACCCGCCUGUUCGAAGCAAUGUCCUCGGAGACUCGUCCUAGCCAUUCUUGGACUCUCUGCCCUGAUGACUACGGCCUCCGCAGUGGCCCUCCCUCCCCCCCACUGAGCUCACCCCCGCUGGUAUAUAUCUACAACCUCGCCAUCAGGUCCAAUGCUACUCCCUGAACAGGGUUGCAACCAGUAUCGUUUAAGGGUGGUGGACAGUUUAAGCUAUGGGUCUAUAAGAAUCGAAGCUGCACAGGGAACCCAGUUACAUGGCUGGAAAUUGAUACCUAGGU